UUCUGAUCACGUGACCCCAUAUGUCAAAUGUAACCGUGCGGGGCGAGUGACGGCUGAAAAUCUCGAUUCACCCCGGACAUAAUUGUAAUAUAAAAUUUAAGUGACCAAAUUGUCGUGAGAAUGGAGAUCCGUAAACUGAUCGACCUGCUGAGGGCCACCAUCGACCCGAACCAGCGGCAGCAGGCCGAGGCGCAGCUGGAGCAGAUCCACAAGAUCAUCGGGUUCGCGCCGUCGCUGCUCCAGGUGGUCAUGAUGGGCGACUGCGACAUGCCGGUGCGGCAGGCGGGGGCCAUCUACCUGAAGAACCUGAUCUCGCAGAGCUGGCAGGACCGCGAGGUCGAGGGGGGCCAGCAGCUGCCCUUCGCCAUCCACGAGCAGGACAGGGCCCUGAUCAGGGACAGCAUCGUGGACGCGGUGGUGCACGCUCCGGACCUCAUUCGGACCCAGCUGUGCACCUGCGUCAACAACAUGGUCAAGCACGACUUCCCGGGGCGGUGGACGCAGAUCGUGGACAAGAUCAGUAUAUACUUAUCAAAUCCAGACCCGAGCGGAUGGCACGGCGCCCUCCUAUGUCUUUAUCAAUUAGUAAAAAAUUUCGAAUACAAGAAGGCUGAUGAAAGGGGACCCUUACACGAAGCUAUGAAUCUACUAUUGCCGCAGCUUUAUCAAUUAAUAGUUCGUAUUCUACCCGACGCUUCCGACCAAUCAGUACUUUUACAGAAAGAGGGCCUGAAAAUAUACUUCGCCCUCACCCAGUAUAUGCUGCCGCUAGACCUAAUAACUAAGGAAGCUUUCGCCCAGUGGAUGGAAGUCUGCCGACAGGUUGUGGAAAGACCCGUCCCACCGGCUGCCCUGCAGCCGGAUGAAGACGAGCGCCCCGACCUGCCGUGGUGGAAGUGCAAAAAGUGGGCCCUCCACAUUUUGUACAGGAUGUUCGAGCGGUACGGUUCGCCCGGUUUGGUCACUAAGGAGUAUAACGAGUUCGCGGAGUGGUAUCUGCAGACGUUCAGCGCAGGGGUUUUGGAGGUUUUGUUGAGGCAGCUGGAUGGGUAUAGGUCCGGACACUGGAUACCGCCGCGGGUGCUGCAGCAGACGCUGAAUUAUCUCAAUCAGGCGGUUUCUCAUGCCUAUACGUGGCGGAUUUUGAAGCCACAUAUGCCAGCUAUUAUACAGGAUGUUCUUUUCCCGUUGAUGAGUUACUCGCCGGAGGACCACGAACUGUGGACGGUGGAUCCGCACGAGUAUAUUCGGGUGAAGUUCGACGUUUUCGAGGAUUUCGUUUCACCGGUUACCGCAGCUCAAACUCUUCUUCACUCGUCGUGUAAGAAACGUAAAGACAUGUUACAAAAAGCGAUGGCCAUGGUGACGCAAGUCCUCACCAAUCCGGCCAGCGAAGCGCCCCAAAAAGACGGCGCUUUGCAUAUGGUGGGUUCUUUGGCCGACGUUCUAUUAAGGAAGAAGGUCUACAGGGAUCAGUUGGACCAACUUUUUAUUAAGUACGUUUAUCCGGAGUUCAGCAACGAGAGGGGGCACAUGAGGGCCAGGGCGUGUUGGGUUCUACACUACUUCGCCGAAUUCCCCUUCCGUCAAGAGAACGUUUUGAUGGAGGCCGUGAAUUUGAUGGUGAGGGCGCUGCUCCACGACACAGAUCUUCCUGUCAAGGUAGAAGCGGCGAUAGCUCUGCAAUCCCUCCUCAACUACCAGGAGAAAUCGCAGAAGUACAUCGAGCCCCAGGUCAAACAGAUCGCCCACGAACUCCUGACGAUCAUCCGCGAGACCGAGAACGAGGACGUGACGGGCGUCAUGCAGAAGCUGGUGUGCGUGUACACGCAGCAGUUGGCGCCCAUCGCCGUCGAGAUCUGCCAGCAUCUGACGACCACGUUCAACCAAGUGCUGGACACCGACGAAGGAUCGGACGAGAAGGCGAUCACGGCGAUGGGGUUGCUGAACACGAUCGAGACGCUGCUCACGGUGAUGGAGGAACAACCGGAGAUUAUGAUGCUGCUGGAGCCGACGGUGCUCCAGGUGGUGGUGCACGUGCUGCAGAACGAAGUCAAGGAGUUCUACGAGGAGGUGUUGGCGCUGAUUUACGAUCUGACGAGCAAGCACAUAUCGCACGAUAUGUGGAAAGUGUUCGAGCUGCUUUAUCAGGUAUUCAUGAAGAACGGCCUCGACCACUUCACCGACAUGAUGCCGGCCCUCCACAACUACAUCACGAUCGACACGGUGGCCUUCCUCAGCAACGAACAGCGCCUCCUCGCCAUCUACAACAUGUGCAAGGAGGUCCUCAACAACGACUGCGGCGAGGACGCCGAAUCGCACGCCGCCAAGCUGCUCGAGGUCAUCCUGCUGCAAUGCCAGAACAAGGUGGACCAAGCGGCGCCGCUGCUGAUCGAACUGGCGGCCUCGCGGCUACUGCGCGAAGUGAAAACCAGCGAGUUGCGCACGAUGUGCCUGCAAGUGCUGAUCGCGGCUCUCUACUAUAACCCCGUGUUGUUGUUUUCCGUGCUGGAGAAGAUGCCCAAUUUCACGGAGAACUUCAUCAAGCAGUGGCUACACGAUACGGAUUGUUUUCUGGGGAUACACGACAGGAAAUUGUGCGUUUUAGGGCUGUGCACUUUGAUAACGAUGGAUAAUAAACCGAAUUGUUUGGUAGAGAUGGUGCCUCGCGUGAUACCUUCGUUGAUUUUGCUCUUUGACGGCCUGAAGAGGGCUUACGCGGCCAAGGCGCAAGAGCAGGCGGAGGAGGAGGAGAGCGACAGUUCGGAUGGGGAGAUUGAAGGAGAAGUACUCAGUUCGGACGAAGACGAAAUCGACGAACAAGGCCAAGAAUACCUAGAGAAUAUUUCCAGACGGGCCUUAUCAGCCGGCCAAACCGCCGGAAUGGCCAUCACAGGUACAAUUAACGACAUAGAGGACGAUUCAGACGACGACGACUCGGAUUUCGAACCAAACGAAGAAACCAUGCUAGAAGCUUACACCACACCUUUAGACGAAGAAACUUGUCCAGUAGACGAAUACGACGUAUUUAAGGAAGUCAUGACUCGAUUGGAGCGCGUCCAACCCGAUUGGUACAACGCCCUCACGGCCAACUUAACCGAGCAACAAAAGAAGAAUCUACUAGACAUUUGUGUAUUAGCAGACCAGAGAAAGGCAGCCAAAGAAAGUAAAAGGAUCGAGCAGUCUGGAGGUUUCAUGUUUACGCACCACGAAGUGCCCACAUCGUUUAAGUUCGGAGCUCCGAAGCCGUCAUGAGCGGAAGUGUCGGUUUGAAAAUCCUACUAUGACUGAGUGUAAAAUUGACUGUUAUGAGCAGUGAAGUGAUUAUUUGUACAGUUGGUAAUCUUAAUCUUUUUUAAUUUUGAUUAAGUGCCUUUUUAUUACACGGAUGUAAACAAUUUGAAUUAACUAAUAUAGAUUUAAAUGAAAUCUGUUUAUUUCCGAUGUAUUCUGUAAUUUGUGUUAAGUCUGUGGACUGUGUUUGUCUCUUUUAGGUUAAUUGAUAUUCUUUUCUCUCGAUUAGGGAAACCAAUGUAGUAAAAUUACAUUUCUAUAUACAUAUAUGAGGUGUUAAGUUAUUGCAUUUUAAUAAAGCAUUGCUUCGA